AUGAUUCAGACUAAUGUGGUUUAUCAUGACAACUCAGAAAAUUUGGAUUAUUAUAUAGAUGAAAUUUUCGCUUCAAAUCAGUAUUACAAUAAUGUACCGUGUUUAUUAAUUAAACAUAUAAUGGAAAAUUAUAAUAGAUCAAAAUUUGUUUGUUCGACUUAUUAUAAAAACCGUAUUUUACAAUUCUUUAUAAAGAACCACCCCAUUAAUAAAUUCAAAAUUUCUGGUAUUUUAAUUUCAUACAAAUGGAAAUGGAUUCGUAAUCAGGAUCAUUUGAUUUUUAAAAUUGACGAUAAUUCAAACUUCAAUCUGAUAGAUUCCAUAAAUUGUAAAAUUUCAAAAAAUUCCUUAAAGUCUUUCCGGUUGGAUCAAUUGAUUGGAAUUAAUGUCGUCAUUAUUGGUACUUUGAAUCUGCAAUUUAACGAAAUUGAUGUAAUUUCAAUGGAACUUAAUCAUUCUUUAAUUGAUACUAUCAAUUUUUGGAAAUUGGCAACGAUUAAUAGAACAAAUUUAGAUCAAUUCCCAUGGUCCAUUGAUGAAAAUCAUAACAGGGAAUCCAUCUUACAUAAUUUACGAAAUGAUUUAAUAACACAAAACGACAUGUCAUUUACGAUCAAUUCUUUUAUACCUAUUGGUAAGAAUUUAAGAUCAAAAUUUAUUAGUCUAUUGAUUACCCUCAAUCUCGUGGAAAUUUCCACAUCGCAAUUGUACCGAUCGGUUCAACCGUGGGAUCCAGCACAAUUCAUUUUGAUUUUGGAGAAAUUGAUAGCAUUAAAAUUAAUUCAAUUCAAUAAUAUUCUUCUUUUGCAACCAUUAUUCGAUUUAAACACAUAUUGUAACACCAAAAUUCGAACCAUUAUAAACUUAAAAUGUAACUUACUUACUAUAGACAUAAAUUUCAUCAAAAACAAUUUGAAUCUCGAUAAAUCAAUGUCACAUUUAACAAUAAUUGAAAUUUUUAAAAUUAAUUUAAAAUUAAUCAUGAAAGAUUCUCCAAUUAAAAAGUGGUGGAUUGAUCUUAAAGACGAAAAUUUAUCCUUAAUUCAUCUAGAAUUCAUAUAA